AAGAGUGAGAUAAAAAGAGAGGGAGAGUACUCGAGUAACUUUCCGAACGCAGCCUUAACGUAGUUAGUGAGGUUAAGUUAUCACAGUGUAUUUUACAACUCGUUUUUACAUACGAUGGAGAAAUUAAAGAAAGAAAAAAAUGAAGAGAAAACAUCAGAUCAGGAAAUUGAUAAUAAAAUUAUCGAUAAUACAUCAUGUGACAGUGAUGAUGAUUUUAAGCCAAAUGUGAAAUUUAAAAAUGAAAUAUCGGAUAACUGCAGCGAUGCAACCUACUUAGCGAAAAAGAUGCUAUCGCAAGAGGAACUACCUGAAAAAGAUUCGAUAAAAUUGUUCAAUCUGUCCGUACAACUGGAACACACGGUGCCACCGCAACAUAAAAUUGAGACACGAGCAGGAUCCCAUAUACCGUCCAAGGAAAUAAUAGAACAAUUUGAGAAGAUAGUGCCUCUCAAGAAAGGUACAUAUUCGGUUGAGGAAGAUGAAAUUAUUGUUCGUAAUUGGAAAAGAUUUUGUACGCUACAUAAUUGGGAUGAAAUAAAUCAAAAGCCAUUUCUGCAAUUGAGGACAGGUACAGCGACAUACAUACGUCAUAUUUCACAAAGACGGAAAUUUGUACAGUUUUUGGCUAAUGGUCUACCAAAUAGAACCUUGUACAGUGUUUAUCAUAGGUUCAGAAAUUUAUAUAAAGACAAUGUACAAACCAGAUAUAAACCUGAUGAGGACCAGAUGAUAAUAGAUCAUCUAGAGAAUAAUCCAUCUCUUGACGAGAGCCGCAAAUAUGUCGAUUUAGCCAAGGUUCUUCGAAGGACGAGACAUUCAAUUUGGCGACGUUACCGAAUUUUAAAGAAAAAGAAAAAACUCAAGAAGGCCUAAGUCCUUUACUUACCCGAUGUGUCACUGAACACGAGGAAUUAAAUAUGGAAUUGUUAAUAAAAAUUUUCAUUGAGCAUGAUAUGUACAAAAACAUAUGUAUGUAAAUAUUUAUGUACAAAGCUGCAAAAUAUAACUAGUUUUUUCUUAAAA